CUUCUGAGAAGAGCAUACCUGCCUAUUCUCAUACCUCCCAGCAGCACCCCUGAGUAUUUCAUUUGCUUUCUAUUCGGAUUGUGCAACACAAUAAAUCCGUCUUCCUUGUGCUCCCACUGCUUGAAUACUUGGUUUCAGCUAUUACCUGUGAAGCUUCCAUUUAGGAGGCUGCUCUUCUCUCCGUCCCUGCCUAUAUCUUCACAGUUUUCAGAGCUCCCUAAUAGCUAUGGAUCGUCUCAACCGAAUGCUCCAGGCUGCCCAGGGCAUGGGCAUGGGUGGUGGUGCCCCUGGUGGUGACACUCCCAACCUGAUUGAUAACUCUGAAACCGUCCAUAUUUCUUCGCUUGCCUUACUGAAGAUGUUAAAACACGGCCGCGCAGGUGUGCCUAUGGAGGUCAUGGGUCUUAUGCUGGGUGAUUUCGUGGAUGAAUACACAGUCAGGGUGGUGGAUGUCUUUGCCAUGCCUCAGAGCGGAACCGGCGUUAGUGUUGAGGCUGUCGACCCUGUAUUUCAGACAAAGAUGAUGGAGAUGCUCAGGCAGACGGGACGCCAAGAGACCGUCGUUGGUUGGUACCAUUCUCACCCCGGUUUCGGAUGCUGGCUGUCGUCUGUGGAUAUCAACACCCAACAGUCGUUCGAACAGCUCACACCCCGUGCUGUUGCUGUCGUCGUUGACCCAAUUCAGUCGGUCAAGGGCAAAGUAGUCAUCGACGCUUUCCGACUCAUCCAACCACAGACUGUUGUCAUGGGCCAGGAGCCCCGGCAGACAACAUCCAAUCUGGGCCACCUGAACAAGCCUUCUAUUCAAGCAUUGAUCCACGGUCUCAAUCGCCACUACUACAGCAUUGCAAUCAACUAUCGCAAGACUGGGCUGGAAGAAAACAUGCUCAUGAACCUGCACAAGCAUGUCUGGACGGAAGCCCUGCAGAUGAAUGACUUCCGGGAGGAGGCAUCGCACAACGUUGAGAGGAUGAAGCAGCUGGUCGGCUUGGCCGAGGGCUAUGAGAAACGGGUCAAGGAAGAAACAGAGUUGACCAAGGAGCAGCUGAAGACAAGAUAUGUUGGCAAGGUUGAUCCGAAGAAACACAUCGAGGAUGUGAGCCAACAACUCAUUGAAGACAACAUUGUGGCGGUUUCGAGACAGAUGAUCGAUAAGGAGGCCUCGUUAGCACGCGUAACAGGAACCAAUGGAUCCCAACCCGGAGCUGGCAUGGAAGUGGAUGAUGAGUUAUAGAAAACGACGACCAGCGAGCUUGAGCAAGUUAGUCAGUCGGUAUCUUAUGUGUCCUUGAUCAAAUAAGAUAUUUUGAAGGUCAUUACGGCCCGAACUUCGAUUCGAUCUACGAGACGUGAUCAGCGAAAUCUACGAUUGAUGCAUAAAUAACAUGAAAUGAGUGUGUUUCUAGGACAGAUCCCUUCCAUGGUAAAGUAGCCACGAUGUUUCGAGGUAUUCACAAGUGCAG